AUGGAGAAAGCCAAACAGGAUGCCUUUGACCACGCCCGGCUGCAGGUCAUCCAAGACGGCUACAAGUCUGCCUUUGAGUGCAUCAACCAGGGCCUGAGCGCGGACGAGGCCGGUGACAAGACCCACGCCUUGGAGCUCUACCAGCGGGGGCGCCGUCACCUCCUGCGGGCCGUGAGCGUGCCUUCCACCGGGGACGAGUGCGUGGGCGCGGCCUGGAACUCGGCUCGAGAGAUGCAAACCAAAAUGCAGGAAACUCUCGACAACAUCACCACGAGAGUCGCCAUUCUGGAGACCAACUCCGAGGCAGCGCCUGAGAGCAGACUCUACCCGGAGGUUUCGGAUCAGGACAAACCUCACAGACCGCCUCAGAGACCGCCUCAGCCCAGCGUGGCGAGCAGCGCACUGGGAGUCCCAGCCCUCCCCGUGUCCCCCGCCUCCCAGCACAGACCCCCGGCCGGCCUGCCCCCCGCCUAUUCCCCCCAGGCGGCCGACGGUCACCUGUCCCUCUCGUACGGGACAGACUCGGGGGAGAUGUCCGCAGUGGGGGAGGACUUCUACAGCCAGUGCCCCAGCCCCUCCCCCCAGAGCCUGGCCUGGGAGGACGGGGAGGAGCUGCUCUACAUCCCACAGGGGUUCACCCACGAGGCCACGCCCAACAGACCGCCCGCCUUCCUGCAGGUGUGCGACUGGCUGUACCCGCUGGUCUCCCUCCAGUCCCCGGUCCUCCUCUGCAGCACCGGGGUCUUCAUGUUCCCCGACAUGAUGGCCCCAGCCCCUGGGUACUUCGUUGGUGUGGUCCUGUCCUCAGAGCUGCCUGGACCAGACCGAGACCUGUUCCAAGACCUGCUCUCCCAGAUGACAGACCUCCGAGUCCAGGCUCCAGAGGAAGUGGCCAGCUCCAUCAACCUGAGUCAGAAGGUGCCCCUGGUCUCGCCUCAGGCCCCGCCCGAAGGGGAGGAGGGGCAGGAGGGGGGUGAGGAGGGGCUUGACAAGACCCUGCCCGAGUGGAGCGAGAAGGUGGCCCACGGCAUCAUCACGGGAGCGUCGUGGCUGAGCUGGGGUCUGGUCAAAGGCGCCGAGUUCACGGGGAAAGCCAUUCAUAAAGGAGCCUCCAAACUGAGAGAGCACAUCACCCCAGAGGACCGGCCCUCCAGCGUCAGCCCCACCGUCACCAAGUCCCUGCAGGUCGCCAAGCAGGCCACAGGGGGCGCCGUCAAAGUCAGCCAGUUCCUUGUGGACGGCGUGUGCACCGUCACGGGCUUCGUGGGCCGAGAGCUGGCGCCACACGUGAAGAAACACGGAGAAAAGCUCAUCCCAGAAUCAAUGAAGAAGGACAAGGACGGGCGCUCCAACAUGGACGGCGCCAUGGUGGUGGCGGCCAGCGGCGUGCAGGGCUUCGCGACCAUGUGGACCGGACUGGAGGUGGCAGCUAAGAACAUCGCCACCAGCGUCGCCACGGAAACAGUCUCCACCGUCAAACACAAGUACGGAGCAGAAGCCGGACAAGCCACAGACCACGCCGUCAACUCUGCCAUCAACGUGGGCAUCACCGCCUUCAACAUCGACAACCUCGGCAUCAAGGCCGUGGUGAAGAAGACGGGCAAAGAGACGGCCAAGGCCAUUCUGCAGGACUACAGGGUGGAGGAGACGCCCGGCACCAGCCACAGCAAGGCAGGGAAGGGGGGGAAGGAGGUGGAGAGAAGGGAAGGAGGUGGAGAGGUCGGGGGCAAGGAAGGAAAGGAGGUGGAGAGGUCAGGGGCCAAAGAAGGGAAGGAGGUGGAGAGGUCAGGGGGUAAAGAAGGGAAGGAGGUGGAGAGGUCAGGGGGUAAAGAAGGGAAGGAGGUGGAGAGGUCAGGGGGUAAAGAAGGGAAGGAGGUGGAGAGGUCAGGGGGUAAAGAAGGGAAGGAGGUGGAGAGGUCAGGGGGUAAAGAAGGGAAGGAGGUGGAGAGGUCGGGGGGUAAAGAAGGGAAGGAGGUGGAGAGGUCAGGGGGUAAGGAAGGGAAGGAGGUGGAGAGGUCAGGGGGUAAGGAAGGGAAGGAGGUGGAGAGGUCGGGGGGUAAAGAAGGGAAGGAGGUGGAGAGGUCAGGGGGUAAGGAAGAGAAGGAGGUGGAGAGGUCGGGGGGUAAAGAAGGGAAGGAGGUGGAGAGGUCAGGGGGUAAGGAAGGGAAGGAGGUGGAGAGGUCAGGGGGUAAGGAAGGGAAGGAGGUGGAGAGGUCGGGGGGUAAAGAAGGGAAGGAGGUGGAGAGGUCGGGGGGUAAAGAAGGGAAGGAGGUGGAGAGGUCAGGGGGUAAGGAAGGGAAGGAGGUGGAGAGGUCGGGGGGUAAAGAAGGGAAGGAGGUGGAGAGGUCAGGGGGUAAGGAAGGGAAGGAGGUGGAGAGGUCAGGGGGUAAGGAAGGGAAGGAGGUGGAGAGGUCGGGGGGUAAAGAAGGGAAGGAGGUGGAGAGGUCAGGGGCCAAGGUAGGGAAGGAGGUGGAGAGGUCAGGGGGUAAGGGAGGGAAGGAGGUGGAGAGGUCAGGGGGUAAAGAAGGGAAGGAGGUGGAGAGGUCAGGGGGUAAAGAAGGGAAGGAGGUGGAGAGGUCAGGGGGUAAAGAAGGGAAGGAGGUGGAGAGGUCAGGGGGUAAAGAAGGGAAGGAGGUGGAGAGGUCAGGGGGUAAAGAAGGGAAGGAGGUGGAGAGGUCAGGGGGUAAAGAAGGGAAGGAGGUGGAGAGGUCAGGGGGUAAAGAAGGGAAGGAGGUGGAGAGGGGUCGAGGCAGAAACUGUGUGAGAGGCACAGGUUUAGAUGAACUGCAGCCCUGCUCCACUGCACACUCUGCUGAGAAAGUGAAACGUCCUCCUCCAAAACGACCAUUACCCACGAGCACAUCUGCAGCUCUCUUAGCUCACUUCCUCCACUUGGACCUGCUUCGUGAAGUCCACUGGAGGCUGAGGUUCAAAGCCACGCCACAGAAGUCGUCUGAUCAGAGCAGAGUCAGAGCAGCCUGUGUUUCCUCUGUCCUGUCGGUGUGA